UGUGUGGCUAUAAAAGCCAACUGGCCGAUCCACUUUGUGAUCACACGCGCUUUAACUCUCGCUUUCUACGCUCCCAAAAAAAAAACGCAAUCAAAAUGUGCAAGAUCCAUCCUCUUUUCGUCCUGGCGGUCGCGGUGGCCUGUUGUCACGCUCUUCCCGUGGAGCCCGAACGUGAGCCCGUGGCUAUCCUGAAGUCUGAGAUCGUCAAGACCGAGGAUGGCUACAUCAGCGCCUACGAGGGAGCAGAUGGAAUAUCUCGCAACGAGGAAGCUGUUGUGGUGGACAAGGGCACCGACGAGGAGGCUCUGGAGGUAAAGGGAUCCUACAAGUACAUAAACGAAGACGGCCAGGAGGUGGAGGUGUUCUAUACGGCGGGAAAGAACGGAUUUGUUCCUUACGGCAGCAUUAUCAAUCCGGAAAUCACGGCCGUUGCCGAAGCAGCCAAGGAUCUGCCAAAGGUGGUGAAGGCGGAGAAGGCGGAAAAGCCUUAGAAAGUGUUUCCUGAAUAAGAUCUCUUAGAAGUUAAUAAGAUAAACGACAAGUCCAGAGUAUUGUCACUGGGCAAACUAAAAUAAAAGUCAACGCGACUGCGAAAGAGUUGUUUUAA